ACCCGUGGCCCCGAGGAAGCGAGGCGAGGCGACACGGACCUGUCCCUGACACCGGAGGACAAGGGACAAGGAAGGGCCGGGUCCGCCGCCGUUGCUAGGCGCUUUUCGGUGACGCAGCCGUCGCGCGAUGACGCGCUGACCGGCCGCGGCCUCCACGUCCCAGGUUCCGCAAAGCCUGUGGGAGCGACCGGGGAGAAGGAGGGCCAAGAUGGCGGAAGCGGCGGAGUCUCCAGGAGACCCGGGGACAGCAUCGCCCAGGCCCCUGUUUGCAGGCCUUUCAGAUAUAUCCAUCUCCCAAGACAUCCCUGUGGAAGGAGAAAUCACCAUUCCUAUGAGAUCUCGCAUUCGGGAAUUUGACAGCUCCACAUUAAAUGAAUCUGUUCAGAAUACCAUUAUGCGUGAUCUAAAAGCUGUUGGAAAAAAAUUCAUGCAUGUUUUAUAUCCAAGGAAAAGUAAUACUCUUUUGAGAGAUUGGGAUUUAUGGGGCCCUUUGAUCCUUUGUGUGACACUUGCAUUAAUGCUUCAAAGAGGCUCUGUAGAUAGCGAAAAAGAUGGAGGGCCCCAGUUUGCGGAAGUGUUUGUCAUUGUCUGGUUUGGUGCAGUUACCAUCACCCUCAACUCAAAACUUCUUGGAGGAAAUAUAUCUUUUUUUCAGAGUCUCUGUGUGCUGGGUUACUGUAUACUUCCCCUGACAGUGGCAAUGCUGGUUUGCCGGCUGGUACUUUUGGCCGAGCCAGGACCAAUAAACUUCAUGGUCCGGUUUUUUGUGGUGAUUGUGAUGUUUGCCUGGUCUAUCAUAGCCUCUACAGCUUUUCUUGCUGACAGCCAGCCUCCAAACCGCAAAGCCCUUGCCGUUUAUCCUGUUUUCUUGUUCUAUUUUGUCAUCAGUUGGAUGAUUCUCACCUUCACUCCUUAGUAAAUCAGGAAGUGGAAAUUAAAAACCAGUGAACUGAAAGCUCAUCUGAAAGAUGCAAUUCACCAUGGAGCUUUGCCUCUGCCCCUCUUUUGUCUAAUUUUGGAGGUAUUUGGUAACUGGGUACAUGAGGACAUUAAAAGGGAGCCAUAAAGCACCAUCACCACUUAUGUAAGGAACUGAUGUUUGAAAGGCUGUUCUCUUCUUCUUAAUAUUUCCUCAAAAUACAUGUGCGUAGUACACACAGUGUAAUGCCUCCUUAAGGCAUGAUGGGUCACCAUGGUCCAUUUAGGUGACAACCAAUGACUUGAAAGCACAUGGAUACUUUCUGCAAGUUGAAUAGAGUUGGUAACUAUAUUUUCAGUUUUGAGAAUACCAGUUUAGGUGCAGUUCUUAAACACAUUGCCUUAUGACUAUUAGAAUAUGCCUCUCAUAAAGAAGAAUGGAUAGUCUAUAUCCGUUUUCUUUUAUUUUUCUCUUCAGCUUAAAAAGGCAAUGACAGAGGUUGGGAGGGAGAUUCAUAGAUGUGGGAGGAGAAAACACAUAUUAACCAACAGUCAGAUUUUGAUCAGAGAAAAUUCUGCACUUAUUGCUUUAAAAAAAAAAAAGCAAAGGACAUCUAAAGAAUCAGCUUCUUUAGUCUUUCUUGUGGUCACCUUUCUGCCAUGCUUAACAGCAACUCAGUGACACUUUAGUUUUUAAUCUUACUCCCUAGCUCUGAAUCUGCAAGCUAAGAUGUUAGCAGUCAACAUGUAGCUUUCCUUUGACUGAAGCUCUCAGUGGACCAAUGCUUGAACUUAUCCAAGUAGACGACCUCAGAAAUUUAGAUUGAUAGGUCCCUAAUGCAUAUUAUCACUCGGACACCUUCUCUUAGCAUAGAAUGAGGCAGUUUAGAUACAGUAUAGCUAUAAGGAAUUCUUCGUUAUUCCGUGUACUCUGGCUUUUAAUUAGAAAGUAAAGCUAAAUCGGAAGCAUGCGUUUAGCUUCUGUGUGAACAUGGAGGGAUUUUGUGUUCUGAUGGCUGAUUCACAGAACGACUAGACGCUUAAGAGCAUGACGUAACAUGAGCUGGGUUUACAGCUGCUGCCUUUUCAUAGCGGGCUUACCAGUUUUUUCAUUAGAUGUGUUUUUUGGGUUGGGGAAUAGCAAUUUAUUUUCUUGGUUUUAGACUUUAUUCGUAAAGCUAAUUCACUCUCCUUUAAACAAGUACUUUUUUUGUACAUGUGCACCUAGCUGUAUUCUCAGCUAUUUAUGCACACAAGUGUGAAGGCUUUUCAGGGAGCUGAGUGUCUGAAACAGGCUGAUUCUGAGCUAGACAGGGCUCCUUUAAGCUAAUAUGAGUUGCUGCCUUCUAUAAAUUGCACAUUGGAAGAACUCUUAAUAGACAAAGAUUAGGAGUCAGGCAGAAAACAUUCAUUGUAAAUAUAUAGUUACUUAAAAAGAUAGGAAUUUCUUAUUAUACAUUUUUUCUUUAUCAUAAAAUCUAAAUAUUUAUUCAUUUUGUAUUUAAAGACUACCUACACAUAGAUAUAUAAUUUUAAAAACAUAUUUUCUCCAUCCCCAGGUUAACCAAGUGAACAAUACUGGGACAAAUGAGUUAGUGGAAUGAUACUCAAUUAGAAAGCAUUACAAAGUUGGUCCCUUCUGUCCCAACCUCAUCCAAAGUUUUUGGUUAUAUAUUGUAUUUGUUUCAAUUUCCCUUUAAAAUUUUAAAAUAAACCCUAUGAGGACAAAGCCAAUGUUUUAGUCUUGAAUUGGUAAAGAAAAUAUUUUGAAACUGGUCCUAGAUUAUCAUCCAUUUCUAUUGUCUGAAAUUUUCUAACUUCCCACUAGAAACAUCUCUCUGCUAAAAUUGUUUCAUAAUCUGUCCCAAUGAUUAUAAUUUAAAAUUAAAGAAAUAAUUAUGCUUCUCAAAAGGGAAUUGAGUCCUUACCAAAUUUUACUCAGGCUAAGUAUUUGGUCAGAAAUUCCUAAGGCCACAACUUUGGGUGGGGGGGCGUGUGUUUGUGUGUGUCUGUAUGGGAAGGGGUUAUACAUACUGGUUGUUAAGGCAGCUUGUUCUAUAUAUUAAUCUGUUGCUCUUGGGUGACUUAGAAAAUGGUUUUAUUUGAUUUAAAUGAGGGGGUAAAAUGGAGAUUUAAUUAUCUUUAUGAAAAUGAGUGAUCAGUUUGAGGGUAUAAAUAAAUAUGUUCUUAAUAUAUGCAAAAAAGUGCAUUGCUUUCUGUGACAGAAGACAUGAGUAUCUGAAAGUUGUAACGCUCAACACAGUUUUCCCUGAUUUGCUACAAAGGCACGUGGCGAAUUAUAGAAAGGAAGGCUAGAAGGAAAGGGGACUCCAACAAAGGAAACCCUGUUCCAGGAAUUGGGAAGUUUCAUGCUUCAGAUGAAAUUCGAGCGUGUGAGCAUCAUUGCCAAAUGUGAUACAUCACUGCCAUCGUGGCUUAUCACUUGCUGCUCCUACUUCUGAGGUUGAGACUCUGUUGUCAUAUUCUUUAACAAUAGGAAAGGUGAAGACUGGAGUUAAUUGCUGUUGAGAUUAUAAAAACUCAGUUGAUGCGAACGUCUUUGAAUGUGCAGUGUAGUCUUAAAAGUUAAUCAUUAAUCAUCAAGUCGUUUGCCUCUUAAGAGGCUUAUUACAUAAGUUGAAUUAGAUCUUUUCAUUGUUGGUGGGGUCGCAGGGCAUCAGACUGGUAAGCAUCUUACUGUCAACUAUAUUUGUCUUUUUAUAAAGUGUCCUCCAAAAUGUGAUUAGAAGGCUAGCAAGCCUGUAUUUGAAGAUUUAAUUGUGUGCUUUAUAUAAUCUAACUACUUCCUGUAUUUGGACUUCCUGUUUAUUCCUGGAGAUAAAAAUGAAAAUCUCUUGUCAUUUCAAAUUCUUGUGUAACAUCAAGUCAUUGGAAUUUAUCUAAAGCCUAUCAUGAUAUGAUCAGAUGUCCAGUGCAUGCAACUGUUUUAUUCCAGAGUAAAAUACUGAAAUUGUGAUUCUUAACUAGACUUAAUUUCCGAGACAAUUUGGAUAGAAAUAAAUGUGUGAAUGUUCAUCCAUGUAUGUAAAUUAUAAAUACUUUUCUAGAUUCUGUGGGCUUUUAUUAAAAAUAAAGAAUUUCUAGGGAUUUGCUUAGGCCAUAGGAUGGCCAAAUAAUAAUAAUGACAAUAAUAUUACUACUAAUAAUAGCCAACAUUUAUUGGGCACUUACUGUGUACCAGGCACUAUUCUAUUUUUUUAGGAAUUUUUUUUUAUAACAACUUUAUUGAGAUACACUUUACCAUAAAAUUCACCCUUUUAAAGUGAUAUAUGAUUCAGUGAUUUUUUUUUCAGUAUAUUCACAUAAUUGUGCAACUGUCACCACUAUCUCAUUUUAGGACAUUUUCGUCACUCCACAAGGAGACUCUGUAUCCAUUAGCAAUCACUUUCUUUUUCCUCCUUCUCUCCAGCCCCUGGCAACCACCAGUCUUCUUUCUAUCUCUGUUGAUUUGGCCAGGCACUAUUCUUAAAUGCUUUCCAUGUAUCUCUAAUCUUCAACAUAAAGUGCUAUAGUUCUUAUUUUACAAGUAGAAAAUUGAGGCAUAGAAAGGUUAAGUAAAUUGCCCGAGGUCACACAGUAAAUUGAUUUAAAAUAGGAAAACAGUUAGAUGAGAGCAUUGUAGGACACAGUUUUGAAGUUUUGAAUUGCAUUGUUAGAGACGUGAAAUGAAUACACCCUCUCCUCAGGGCAUGUUCCCUGUUAUUAGCCAUUACAUCCUACAACUGACUGGGAGCAGAUAGCUCUCGUUCUUUUCUUCUGAGUAAUAGAACACUAUUAGCAGCAUCCGAGAAAAACACAGGAGCAGUUGUACAUUGGAAAGAGUUAGGUUUGCUGCUCUCAUCCCUCCUUGAGCCUCUUUUCUCUUCCCUCCCCUCUCCCCACCACUACACAUGUACCCCUCCUGCUUUUUCCCAAAGUCUUAAGAAUCAAACAACUUCUGCCUCUUUCAUUUUAAUUCUCCCAGAGGGAUGGUUGAUGCAUCAAAAUUUAACUUGUCCGUUUAGGUGUUUAUAGUCAAAGGAUGCAUCUGGUUUCUUAUAGUACCAGCUAUAUUCCUAAGACCUCAGAGAGCAGUAGUGUGAGAAAAGAAUGCCUUUUUAUUUGGGUUAAACUAAGUGAGAGGAGGAAAAAAACAGAGUAAAGGCUUUGCCUUAAUGAAGUCAGUGGUCCACCUUGUUAGGAAGUGGCCACAUGCUGCUCUUGUUCACUCUCUUUUCUCUUUCAGAGCCUUUGUACUCUGUGCCAUUCUUGGUCCUCUUUGAUACUCCAUUUUAAUUCUGAUCUUUCCUAUAAAUAAUGAACCUGUGAAAAUAAUAAAUUUGUAAAAUGGUUUGUGAAUGUUAAAUGUGCAAAUAAAAAGCACUGGAAAAGGAGAA